GGCGGAGCUUCGCCACCACGUGGACCGGCUUCCGGAUGGCGUCUUGUGGUUGCGAAGAAGAGUUGAAGUCUAAGGGGGAACCGCAUUUGAACAUUGUCGCUCCCCCCCCUCCCCGGCUUGGGGUUUUUCUCGCUCCCUUUCUCCGCGGACAGACUAAAAAGUCAUGGGCAAGAAUAAGGUAAAAGGAUUGAAACAGGCCAAUGUAUUCCAUAUAGCCAAUAAAAAAAUACUAAAGGCUAAAAGUAAAGCAAAACCAGUGGCAACCAAUCUAAAAAAGAUAAAUAUAGUGAAUAAUGAAAAAGUUCACAAGAUAGAUAAGGCAUUUACAGAAAUACAGAAAAAUGUUAAACAGUUGUCCAAAACUGUUCCAUCAGAUUCUUCUAAGAAACUUCAGAUUCCAAAUUCUCAGGAAGACAAACCAGUUAACGUGGAUGCUGCUGCGAACUUACUUUCUCAGUUGUAGCACAAAACAAUAUUGCGAUGAGAAAACUACAUCUUUUGAUACAGAAUGGAACGCAUAGCUUUCAACACUGGAAAUCUAUUUGCCUAAGUGUAUACAAUAAUGUUGGAAGGAACACCUGGAUUUUUUUUUGAUUUUUUUAAAUUUGCAUUUAUACCCCGCCCUUCUCCGAAGACUCAGGGCGGCUUACACUAUGUAUUUUAUAUAAUGGAUUGGAAAACUAAUUCUCCUCAAAGUGGCAGUGGUCUAGCAAUUGAGAAAAUAUUCCAAGAUAUUUUUUUUUCAAAAAAAAAAUGCAUUCCUUUAGAGUCCAUGCAUAGCUAAGAGCCAAAUUAUUUAUCAACAGAGCUGGAUUUGGGACAUUGGUCUAUACUUACUAGCUGAAAUUUAAAGUAAAAUUGUGUUUUAAACACUUAAAUCACUACUGUCUAUUGUUAUUGAUAAAUUUUCUCUGAGAUUAAAAAUGUAAAAUAAAAGGAUUUUACACAUUAAAUAUAAUUACAUUUCUUUGCAGUAGAAUAAAUUUCUGACUUAUUCAAAAUUUUACAUAAUGGGUAGAAAAAUAAUAGGAAAAGAAACAAAAAAAUGUACUUUAACUUUGAACUGAAUUACUCUGUUUGAACGAGUGCCAGAGGUUAGUAAAUCUCUUACUUUAGUUUGCCCCAGAACAUGGAAUUACUGUUUAAAUUUGGGCAAUAUGAAAAUUUUGGCUUGGAUUUUGACUGUGUUAAAGUAACAGCUGUUUUCAUUUUCACCCUCCUCCAAAAUACAGCUUGGUAUUUAAAAAAUAAAAUGAGUAUAGCAAUAGCACUUAGACUUUAUAUCACUUCAGUCCUUUACAGCCCUCUCUAAGUGGUUUACAGAGUCAGUAUAUUGCCUCCAACAAUCUGGGUCCCCAUUUUACCCACCUCUGAAGGCUGGAAGGAUGAAUCUGGGGAAAAAAAGCUGGAAAAAAAUUGGAAGCUUGCCUUGAAAAGGGAGAAAACUGGUUCCAAGGACUAUAAAAGAAGGAAGAAACUGGGCAAAGUUGCUUGCCUCCUGUUUUCACUGGUAAAACAGUAAAGUAGUAAAAAUCUACUAUCGGUAGUCCUCAACUCACAACGAUGAUUGAGCCUGGAAUUGUGAGUUGUGGCUGUUAAGCAAGGCACCCAUGUAAUUGCCUUGCUCAACAAUUACAAUCCUGGCUCUCCCCACUGCAGAUGUUAAGCAGAAUGUGGGUGGGGGCCCAGGAAAGUUCCAGGAGCCCAUUGCAUCUUCCCCCCACAUGCCUAUGCUGGGCUUCUUGGUGCCUUCUCCAGCUUCUGAGGCACCCCAUGCACAGCUUCUCACCCAGCUGGAUCCCCACAGGCCUGCUUGCCAUCCCGCUAG